CACGAGGAACUCUGACCGAAUCCAAAUCUGACUUGUUAUAUGAAGGAUUCUCAACUGCAUUGACCAGAACAUUAGCAAUCCUCCAAAGGAAAAUCUGGUGUUGGAUGAAGAUGAAGAUGAAGAUGAAGAUGUUGUUUUGCAGUCUGCUGUUUGUGUUGGGAGGAGAUGUUCUCCUGGCCUGCUCUCUGAAGAACUACACGCUGUACGUGGAGAGACACGAGUGUGGUCACUGCAUGGCCAUCAACACCACCAUGUGCAGCGGAAUGUGCUUCACACAGGACACAAACGUGAGAGGGUUUGUGGGCAAGCGUUUCCUGAUUCAGAGAGGAUGCAUGCAUCGUUCUGUGGUCUAUCAUUCUGCUAAGAUGCCCGGCUGUCCUGUCCACAUUGACCCACUCUUCUUUUAUCCGGUGGCACGCCGGUGCCGCUGCACAAAAUGCAACACUACCAGGAACGAGUGUGUUUACAAACCAAAACACACUCCCAGCAAAUGCUCCGAGCACCUGCGUGCCGUCUGAAAUCAAUCGACAAGGGGCUUGCCUCACAAUAAAAUUCAGUUCUGAUAACCUUUUUUUUUUCCUUCUAAUGUUCUGGUAACAUUUGUUCUAUUAGAAAGUGUUUCUCAUUUCAGCUGUAAAAGAGAAAACAGUAUGGCUGGUUUUGUAACAAUGUUGUAUAUAAUAUAUAUACACACAUACAAAAUUUAGCUAUAAUGUCUUGAUGAAUAUUGUAGGUGAGAGACAAUCUUUUUUUAUUGUGGUUCUCCUGUCUGCAUCUUUUUUCACUAUAAAUGUCUGCAUUAAUCACUAAAGUCUCGUUUACUGUAACUCUGUAAUAAUAUCAUUCAC